AUGGCCCUCCAGGAACAGGAAAAAGCAGGAGAACUUGGGCUUGAGAUAUACUCUGUUUCACUCGCAUCUGGACAUGUCGACGAUUCCUUCCUUCAACGAGCUGUGUCGUCUAUUCCAAACACUGCUAUACUCUUGAUUGAAGAUAUCGACUGUGCCUUCACAUCCCGAGAAGACGAAGAAGAAGAGGAACUACCUGCCUUUCCAGGGAUGGGAGUUAGUAGAACAACAAAAUCAGGUGUUACUUUAUCUGGGUUGCUCAAUGUUCUUGACGGUGUUGGAAGCGAGGAAGGAAAACUGUUCUUUGCCACAACAAACUACAUAGAGAGACUGGAUCCCGCACUUCUACGCCCUGGGCGUAUUGAUCGCAAAAUCCAAUACAAGCUGUCGACGAAGGAACAAGCGGAAGCUCUUUUCCUGCGUUUCUACCCUCCUUCCUAUACUCUCACCGCAUCUGAGGCUUCAGAUUCAAGUAUAACGUCCACAGAUUCUGACAAGACCGAAAAAUCGCCAACUUCCGUGAUCAUCCAAGUUUCAGACCAAGAAACAAGACUCAAAACUCUCGCAUCCGAAUUCUCCCUUCACUUUCCCGAACACGAAUUCUCGCUUGCUGAGCUUCAGGGGUAUCUUUUAUCUUGCAAGAAGGAGCCUGAGAUAGCUGUGGCUGAGCUCAAGACAUGGGUCGAAGAAGAAAGAAAAGAGAAAGAGGAGAGAACAGCUCGAGCAGAGGAAAGAAAGAUUAAGAUGAAAGACAAGAAGGAUAUCAAGGAAGCAGCGAAGCUACAAGGAUCAUUGCAAAGGCUGGGUAUAUUGGGCAAUUCGAGCGAGACUCCCUUUGUCCAUGUUAAUGGAAUAUCGGCCGAGUAG